CAAUGCUCAGCAGCGGGGACCCCUGGCUGGAGGAAACCUCCUUCCCCACCUCCUGAUGCAGGCGCUGCGGCACCCGGAGCCAAGUGGGGGUGAGUCGCAAAGCAGGGAUCCUUUUUCCUCCUUUCAUUGCGGUUUUUCCUUCUCCAUCAACCCGGGGAUGUCCCCACCGCCGAAGAGUGCGAGGAGGACGCAUUCCCAUCCAGCGCAGAGCUUUUUAUUCUCACCUCUCCUUCCAGUUCCCUCUCGGAGCAUCCUCUUAUUUCUCACUCGGUAACGUUGCAAGGGAUUGCAGUCCAGGGUGAUAAAGUCAGGCAAAGUUUUGGGCUUAAUAUAGGUAUCAGGCAAUGCUGCUGCGGGCUCUGCUGCUGCCCAGUCCAACGUUUCCCUUUCCCUGCCUGAAAACUGCAGCCAAUGAGCAUGCAGGGUGACUCUCCCCCUGCUCAGCAGCCUCCCACAUCCCUGCCGGGGACCGGUGCAUGGAUCUGCUCCCCCAGUAGGUCUGCAGUGGCAAAAUGACGUUUCCCCAUCCAGCAGGAGCUCUCCUGGCUGCAGACCCCUCCAAUGGCAGCUGGGCUAACGCCAGCGAAAGCCAGGUCCUGAAGGAAAAUUACACCUUCUUGGCAUACUACCAGCACUCCUCGCCUGUGGCUGUGAUGUUCAUCCUAGCCUACACCUUUAUCUUCCUCAUGUGCAUGAUUGGCAACAUCCUGGUGUGCUUCAUAGUGGUGAAGAACCGCCAGAUGCGGACGGUCACCAACAUGUUCAUCCUCAACCUUGCCAUCAGCGACCUGCUGGUGGGCAUAUUCUGCAUGCCUACAACCCUGGUGGACAACCUCAUCACAGGGUGGCCCUUUGAUAAUGCCAUGUGCAAAAUGAGUGGCCUGGUACAGGGCAUGUCUGUCUCCGCCUCUGUUUUCACACUGGUGGCCAUCGCGGUGGAGAGGUUUCGCUGCAUCGUCCACCCCUUCCGGCAGAAGCUGACGCUGAGGAAAGCCCUGGUGACCAUCGCCAUCAUCUGGGUACUGGCCCUGCUCAUCAUGUGCCCCUCCGCCAUCACCCUAACUGUCACCAGGGAAGAGCACCACUUCAUGGUGGACACCUACAACAACUCCUACCCCCUGUACUCCUGCUGGGAGGCCUGGCCCGAGACAGAGAUGAGGAGAAUCUAUACUACCGUCCUCUUCUCCCACAUCUACGUGGCACCCCUCGCCCUCAUUGUCGUCAUGUAUGCUCGCAUCGCCUUCAAGCUCUUCAAGUCAGCAGCACCCGCCCGCAGCACCCGACCCGAGGAGCCCGAGGGGAGGAAGGUGUCCCGUAGGAAGGCAAAGGUCAUCAACAUGCUCAUCAUCAUGGCCCUCUUCUUCACUCUCUCCUGGCUGCCCCUCUGGACACUGAUGCUGCUGACAGACUACGGGCACCUCAGCGAGCGCCAGCUGCACCUGGUCACUGGCUACAUCUUUCCCUUUGCCCACUGGCUGGCGUUCUUCAACAGCAGCGCCAACCCCAUCAUCUAUGGAUACUUCAAUGAGAACUUCCGACGGGGCUUCCAGGAGGCCUUUAGGGCCCCUUUCUGCUUGCCACCACGCCGGCAGCACCGUGGGCCCUAUGGUGCCCGCAACCGUGUCUUCACCCAGCCCCAGGCCAGCGACUCUCCCCCACACUCAGAAUCGAGGCCACUAGCAUCCCGACGGGCUGGCAUCCCUGCAUGGAAUGGCUGAGCAGCUCUGGCCACCAGCUUGUCUGAUAGACGUGGGUCUAGAUGGGGACCUCGUGCAUGACACUAUAGUGGGGGAGGAAACCCCAUAUUGUUGUGGUUUUGGGGUCUUGAUGUGAUGAUUAAUGAGUGUCCAACCCAAGGGCUUGUUGGGGAGUGGAAGGGAAUAGAGAUUUACAAAGUUAUUGAAAUAAAGGCACGACCUGCUGAUGUCAUGACUCCAAGUCCCCUGUUUACUCAGCCCAUGCCAACUGUUAUGGGAUGUGCGGCAGUGGGAGAGAAGAUCCAUGCAUGGGCUGUUCCAUACUAUCCUGGGCCAUGCCCAGAGGAACUACAUGUUGUUGUGGCCCUGUGCUGCCAUACCAAACUGGGUCAUAUCAUGCCAUACUGCUAUGGCCCUACUGGACUGUGCAAUGCUCUUGCGGCCUUGGUGGACCAUGCAGUUGUGGCCACAUGUGCCAGACCACACUACAUUAUUGUGGCCAUGCUGGACACUAGUGUGUGGUUGUGGCACUGGUAGACCAUGCCACCUCAUGCUGUCAUGGCCAAGCAGUGCUGUGCCAUGCUGAAUCAUGGCACCUCAUACUGCUGUGGCCAGGCAGUACCAUGCCAUAGUGAACCACGCCAUCCUAUCCACAAGGGCGCAGGCUGUGCUAAACCACCCACGCCCUACCAGCCCACGCCACUCUGCAUGCACACGUCACCCUGCGCCACGUCAUGCUACCGCACAGUGGCAGGGCAGCAGGGCGGCUCUUUGCGCCUGCGCGGGGG